UUAUGAUAAGCCUGCUCCGAUGCGUGGCAGCCAUGAGUAGUCGUAUUUUCUCCAAACUCAACCGGAGACCCGUCGAGUUCAAAGUACAAUUUCACUGGCUAUAAAUAUAACGUAGAGGGUUCCGUUUCGGAACACAGUGUUCUCUAGGGAUAAAGUCCACUCUUGUCGUCGUCAAUGACCGACAAGCUUUUGAAUGGUGUGAAGCAGGCCGAGAGCUCGAGCAAAAGCGACGAUGCUGACAACGGGGCCUGCUUGAUAUGUGGGGACAAGGCUACAGGCAAGCACUAUGGAGCGUCGAGUUGCGAUGGAUGCAAAGGUUUCUUCCGAAGGAGCGUAAGAAAGAAUCAUGUUUACGCCUGUCGCUUUCAAAGAGCUUGUGUGAUCAACAAGGACAAACGAAAUCAGUGCCGCUACUGUCGGUUGAGAAAAUGUUUUCGGGCUGGCAUGAAGAAAGAAGCUGUUCAAAAUGAGAGGGACACAAUUUCAAAAAGGCCACGUGGGGAAGAAGUGGACAGCAAGUUUGGGCUCACCACAGAUGUUUUAUUGUCAGCUGAGAUUUUGUCACGACCAGCAACUUCACCUCCAGUAGAAACCCUCAGCAUGGAUAAGGAGGCAAACUACAGUGACAUUUGUGAAUCAAUGCGUCAACAACUCCUGGUCCUUGUGGAAUGGGCCAAACACAUACCUGCCUUUUGUGAACUGAUGCUUGAUGAUCAGGUUGCCCUAUUAAGGGCGCAUGCCUCUGAACACUUAAUAUUGGGUGUUUCACGACGGUCUAUGAGUCUAAAGGAUGUUUUGUUACUUGGAAAUGACCUUGUCAUUCCAAGAACAGCGGCUGAUGCUGAGGUGCGGAGAAUAUCAACUCGUGUACUGGAUGAAGUGGUUGAGCCAAUGAAAGAGUGGAAUGUUGACGAUACAGAACAUGCUUGCCUUAAGGCUAUUGUAUUCUUCAAUCCUGAUGCCAAGGGACUUAGUGAUUCUCAGAAAAUCAAAUCUUUAAGAUUUGAAGUUCAAACAAUGCUGGAAGAUUACAUUGCUAAAGAUCAGUAUGACAGCCGUGGAAAGUUUGGUGAAUUGCUUCUUAUGCUGCCAACAAUGCAGAGUAUAGCCAAAGAGAUGAUCGACCAAGUGCAGUUUGCUAGGCUGUUUGGUAUGGUGAAAGUUGACAGCCUUCUUUCAGAAAUGUUACUUGGAGGUACCAACAUUGCUGAACAAUUGGAUGCAGCAAGUAUUGUUCCUAUGGCAUCACCCCCUCCACCUGCUGUUCCAACACCUCAGUCACCAGUUAACCCUCUCCCUCCAAACCGCCCUGACCUAUUCAGUCCAGGAUUAGUGAAUGUUCCGGGUCCAAGUGUGGCAGGUCCGAUGCAAUCAGUACCAAUGGUCCAGGACAGGAAAUAUGUCCCAGGGCCCUCAACAGCACUCCCAGGUGGUGUUGUCCCAAAGACAGAGAGAUUUGACACGUGACAAUUAAGAUGGAGUGGGGUUGUAUCUGGAGGCUUAUCUCACACACAGCAGACUUAAAAAGAAGUGAUAUCAAGCCCUCUUGCAGCUCUGUGUCACUGCAUCAAGAUUGCCUGUCAAAAAAGGCUCCUUUCUAAUGCAAACUUGUCUUGAGUUCAUUGUUUACUAAAAUUUUUCUCUAAGUACCAACCUCACAUGCAAGGUGGAUAUUAAAUUGAUGCAGUGAAGGACAAGAUUUUGUUUAACUAACCCGUUUUUUUGCCCUGUGGAAUAACAUAUACAACUUUAUAGGAGACACUGCAAGCAGGGUUUUAGAGGAAGGUGGUAAAUGUAGUUAAGUUAAAAGUAGCAGCAAAUUCAGGAAUUGGCAAAUUUGUUUGUAAAUUAAUUAAUGUAUUGUACAGUGUGUGAAAUAGUUAUUUAAAUUGGCUAAUAAGAAUAUUAGUAUGUUUAGUAGGCUUAGGAGUAAAAGAAAGAAAUGAGGGAGGUACUUCAUUCAGUUUGUUAGAGAAAGCAUUUGAGAGUAUCCACACACAUUACUCUGGUUAUGACUGGCCAUAGAAGUUCUGAAAAAUUCACCAAAUAAGGAUAGGUUUUAGAGAGAGUAAUUCACAAUGAGGUCUGCAUGUGAUCAAAACUGUGGCCCUCACUGUCAUGUCAGAUCCGGUCAGAAUAUCUUUUUCCAUAUUCUGAUAUUCAUGCUGUGGUAUUAGUAUAAAGAUGUUGGGAGGGCCAUUUAGGGUGAAUCAAAAACAAUUAUUAUCGUACAGUAGUUGAUCAUAAAGCACAGUCUCACUGGCUAAUAAAAAGUACCAUUAUUUUUGUAUGUAGUUAGCUCAAAAAAGAGGGUAAUUUUAAAAUGACUCAUUGUGUACAUUGUUUGAGGCCAGCUGCAACUUGGUUUAGGGUUGUAAGUUGUAUUUAUUUCUUCUUUCUAGAAGCAGGGUUGACUUGCAUAGAUAGCUUCUUAAAGCUGACUACGAAAAUUAUUGGUAUAAAUUUGUUUCUGUUUGUAUGGUAUUAUCCAGCUCAGUGCAAAGUCUUAGAGAUUUUUUCUAAUUCCCCCCCCCCCCUUAAUUUUCACCCAAGAAGUUUGACAUUGCUCAAAAGAAUUUACAAUGUAAAAUAUGCAGAUCUGCUCAAUAAGUUUGAAUCUUCAUAUGGAAAGCCAUGGUAAUUUGUUUGAAGAUUUUCAAUUUCUUUACCCAUAUCCCAAAUAUCUUUCAUGACAGAGUUGUUAGUAGUUAACUAACAAAUCAUGUUAGCUGUUGGUUCCCAAACAUGUGUGCAAGUUGGAAUUACAUGAUUAUCUUCCUGACUUUAGGUUAGAGAUCUCUGCCUUCCAUUUUACAUUUGUAUCAGUUACUUUAUUUACAAAUCAAAUCCUAAGAACAAGUUAUCUUAAAUAAACAUUUAAAACUUGUCAUAUAAUUUGUUAGUAAAAGAAGGAAUGAUCACUGUAACUGACCAGAUCAUUACAAACAUUAGUCUUUGUAGUCCUUCACUGUUCUGUAGAUUUGCUUUCAUUGGGAUUAAGUUGUUUAGGAGGUCAGUACUUCUUUAGAGGUAUUUUGCAUGUUCUCUCCAUAUUUUGUACAUAGAAAAUAGUAAUAAAUGAGAAUUAUUUUGGAUGCACUGUA